GCUCUCAGGAUGGUUGAAGCCGAGCGAAGGUGCUAUAUAAGCGACAACAUGGCUAUACUGAUCGGUAUAAUCUGUAGCCAAUUUUCGAGGCCUAGCAUUCAGCAAUGUCGACUUGGUUCCCUUUUGCUGUUACCCACGUGAGGGGUUAUUCCGGGAACAAGAAUCCUGUUCGUGAUGACCAGACAAAGUCUCGCUUGCCAUCAGAGACUCGGAUUGAUCUGGUCGUCAACGCCCCUCGAGAAUCAUUUGACGGACCACAAGGAGAUCCUACAGCCGCAACCCCGACACGCAGGGGUCAUUCAAAUCCAAUCAACGAUCAAAGAUGGCAGAAUCGCGUAAAGCAAGGGACCGGUCGUUCUCACAAAACGCCUGAAAUGCCAACUGAGCCGCAUAGUACUUUCUACCAGAGUCAGGAGUCCUAUGGCCUGCCAUCCCCGAAUGACAGCAUCAGUGAAGAGGGAGAAACCCUAGUGCCCUCAGAUUCAGAGUACGACUCCGAUACAGAGGAACCCGAUGUGAUUCAAGUGAAACAUCUCAGUCAGGAUGUGAUUAUCAAAAAAAUGAUUGAAGCACUAAGCAAAAAGUGUGACGAUCAGCCCGGGUAUGUGUACACGUUCUAUAAUCCAGAUCCAGAGCCCGGAACCAGCAACAUUGUGAAGGUCGGCCAAGCGAUCGAUCCCGAAAAACGAGGAGAGCAACACAAAAGCCGUUGCGAGCGCACAAACUGGAAAUUGAACCAUGCCGGCUCCUUCAGAGGGUACCAAUGUGUGGAGCGACUGGUCUUGAUCGAACUACACAACCUGCAAUCUGACGAUGUCUGCAGGUGUGGAACGAGGCACAGAGAGUACUUCAAGGCUGACGAAACAGAUGCGUCUGCACUCAUUAAAUCUUGGCAGACAUGGCUGCAAACGUAUGAGCCAUAUACCAGUACAGGGGUGUUGAAGACUGUCUGGAAAGACCGACUGGACUUGUUCGGAAGCCAGCCUUCGAAGCUUUUCUUGUGCAAAACGUGCGAGACCAACCGGACCGUUACAUCAGACUCGCAGUCAAUAGACUGUUGUAUUCGAGCAGGAUGGGAAGCAUGGGCCAAUCCAACAUCGGCGACUUACAAAUAUCAAUCCGUCCUUGCUCUAAUCAAGGACACUCGCGCAUCCCACUCCUUGACAAAGCCCGCCAGAUGCCUUUUGGCAAUCAUCUGUCUGAGGCUUCUCAUUCCCGCCAUAUUACAUCACUUUCCACUCAUGCCAGCAUCGUCAAACGCAAUAUUCAAGGCGUAUGCACUAUCAUUGUCGCUCGGAGUAGUCUUUGACCUUGGCGUCUCUGCUAUAUUGCUCCUUUGGAUAUCAUUUGUGCCGAACCGCGAGAUAGCCCGGAUUGAAGGGACCGAAGCAUCCAAGUCCCCUCGCAAAGAGAGUAAAGCCAGAGCAGACUCAGUCAAGGAGUCAUGCACUACCCCGACUAAGUCUCACAGGAAGAAAGCCGCGGACAAAACCCCGCCGUCGACUCCAAAGAGAACCGAUACCAAGACACCUAAGUCUUCUCCAACUCCUCGCGAAGGGAGGGAAGUCAGAGUGAGGCCAGGUCAAGAGCCAUCCGUUACUCCGACCAAAUCUUCUAAGACCAAAAGUGUUGGCAGAAGAUCGAAAAAGGUAUCGGAUAGUCCUCCAACAAUUGGGAAUGAGACAACAGCCACCAAUGUCAGCAGUAACAUGACACCUCUGCACCAGUCGGCAACGACUUGGCCUAUAGAUACCUCGACUCCCCCUGCACUUGUCAAGGUGCUUGAGCGCUCAUUUGACUCCAAUCCAGUCAGGUAGGGGGCAACAUAUCGGCCGUGCCAUACUGCAUUUUUUGUGAAUGCCGUUUCAUGAACAAGAACUCAGUAUAUGUAUAAGCUUGUACAGUACAGGGUCCAUUUGAUGACCUAUAUCUUCUACUGUUUUCUGUUUUGGGGUGGAAUUAUCUGCAGCUGUUUGUGAUGACUUUUCCGCGGUUAGUCUUGGCAUGACUCUUUCUUGGCUUGUCUCCGCACACUC